AUGGCUCCAAGACAUACGCCGAGGAAACCGCGAGCUGGAGGAGAUUAUGGAGCCGUCGGCCAGAGAGGGAGGAAAACGGGCGCCACUUUACCAGACACCGGUAUUCGAGAUGAACAUGGCAUGGAACCUAUACCCUCGUUUUCCUCGCCCGAGAAAGCCCCUACACAAUCAAAUGGCAUUCAUCAUGGUGAUGAAGAUAAUACUCGAACCUUCACUGCUGAUGACUCUAUGGAGAUGGUGGAAAGCACCUUCCCAGAGGCGACCGACAUUACGCGAACCAGCAAGAAUGCAAGAGCAAGUAUACCUCGCUCUGUUUCGCCAAAAAAGGGUCUCAUGCAAGGAUCGCCAAGGAAACCUACGAGGCGGUCGAUACCACCAAUCUCUUCACCCGCAGGAGAACUUACAAACGGAACGCCUUCGCGCAUACCUGACGAACCAUCAGUGGAUGCAUCAUUCGAAGAAUUGCAGCACAAGGCGCCCUUAGCGCGGCCAAAGAGAGGAAGAAAGCCGGUGAGCUUACGAAGAAAGGAUAGGAAGAAGGGCCCUUUUGAUCUGGACAAUUCAGAUGACGAAAGUGGUCAAGGCGAUAAUGAGACAAUCGAUCCGAGUUUGCUCAGUAUGGGGCAAGAGCAAGAAGUACCUUCGACAGAAGAUGCACUUAUCGAACCAGACACUACAAUCCAGUCGCUUGAAGGCGGGGAACCUCUGAACCUACCAGAGGAUGAUAUCCUGGAGCCUGACACGACAGUUGGCGCUAUGCCACCGCCUACAGUGAAAUCUCGUGGAGGUCGAAAGCCUAAAGCACUGGCAGAAGAUCCAGAUAUCUCCUCUCUAGCUAUUACACCCCAGCAGCCCAAGAAGCGUGGACGUCCAGGAAAGAAAGCGCAACCACGGAAGCAAGAGGAGCAGGAAGAUGUUGAGGAAUCAAAAUUGAUGGAAGAGAAGCCACCGGCGAAGCUAAGGCCAGUGAAAGCAGCAAAGCUGACCGUAACGUCACGAUCGAUGGACGAGCCAGCCAUCAGAAAGCGCAAAGCACCACCUCUGACAGAGCGCGAUCCCAAUACCAAAAUGAAGAAACCUAAAAUAGAGAUCAAACAGUCUUUCUCCCGCGCAGGCUCAGCUGCUCCGUCGUUUAUACAACGCUCAGAAACACCUGCUACAGACAGCGGCGCAAUCACAACGAGAAGCGGCCGAAACUCCAUCAAACCCCUAGCAUCCUGGCGAGGGGAGAAAGUGAUAUUCAGCCAACCAUCAAGCAGAGACUCCCUUCCAGGUAUCCUGGAAGUUGUUCGGACAGAUGAGAUAAUGCCGCCUCCAAGAAAGCGCGUGGGCAAUUUUCGACCAGGUCGUCGAAGGGGGAGGCAAGGCACAGCACAGCCUCUCGAAGAGAUCGAUGAAGAGGAUUCAGACCUCGAGCCAUGGGAGGCAGAGACUGGGAUUCAAAGGGCCCAGGUGAUGGAAUGGAAUGACGGAGCGAACAAUUACGAUGAGACCGAUAUUUAUGUCACCGACAUCGCCUACGCAGCCGAUGCAAUCGAAAUGCGCGACAUCCAAGGCGCGGAAUUCAAAUUCGCCAAGACGCUCACCCUUCCCUUCUUCGGCAGCGGCAUGGUGCACCUCCCCCCGGCGGGCUGA